AUGUACGUGGGCUAUGUGCUGGAGAAGGACUCUCCGGUGUACCCUGGCCCCGCCAGGCCCUCGGGUUUAGGCUUGGGCUCGCCAGCCUAUGGGCCCCCCGCCCCAGGUCCUGUGCCUCCUCAGUACCCCGACUUCGCCGGCUACACGCACGUGGAGCCCAGCCCCGCGCCCCCUGCAGCCUGGGGCGCGCCCUUCCCUGCGCCCAAGGACGACUGGGCCGCCUAUGUUCCCGGGCCCGCGGCCCCCGCCGCCAGCCCGGCCCCGCUGGCUUUCGGGCCCCCUCCGGACUUCAGCCCAGUGCCUGGCCCCCCUGGACCCGGCCCAGGCCUCCCGGUGCAGCCCCUCGGCGGCCCGGGCGCACCGUCCUCGCCAGGAGCGCAGAGGCGGACGCCCUACGAGUGGAUGCGGCGCAGCGUGCCAGCCGCAGCGGGUGGUGGCAGCGGUAAGACUCGGACCAAGGACAAGUAUCGGGUGGUCUACACAGACCAGCAGCGCCUGGAGCUGGAGAAAGAGUUCCAUUACAGCCGGUACAUCACCAUCCAGCGCAAGGCAGAACUGGCUGCCAACCUGGGGCUCACGGAGCGGCAGGUGAAGAUCUGGUUCCAGAACCGGCGGGCCAAGGAGCGCAAAGUGAACAAGAAGAGACAGCAGCAAGAACAGCUGCCCCCGCAGCUGCCUAUGGCCCUAGAUGGCACACCCAUACCAGCAGGGCCACCCCUAGGGGGACCGUACCCCACCAACCCAGCUCUCCUAGGCAUCUCCCCCUCACUGCCUGUCAAGAAGGAGUUUCUACCCUAGACCCUUCCAGCCUGUGGCCUGGGGACCUGGAGGUUCAGAUGCUAGGGCCCAAGAGGCCUCACCACUGCUGACCUUUGAGGUCACCAUAGACAAGUUGCCUACCCACUCUCUACUUCUCCUUGGCCUGGCCAUGCAGUGAAGUCAUGUACCUGAUACAACUCCAUGUCCUACUGGGGAUAGAGGGGAUGUUUCAAUCACUUGAGGGCAUCUCAAACCCCAGAAGGGCUGGGGAGGAGCCAAAGGACAAGGUUCCAGGCCCCACCUCCAGAGACUCUAGGUUGAGGUGGGAGGCUGCUAUAAGGACCAGACUGGCCCUAGAAAGAGGGUACAGUGCUGAAAGAAGGUGGAACAAGUCACACAGACCCCCACAUGAGGGGUAGGGAUGCCAUUAGCUCUACCUGCUUACUUCACUUCCACCUGCCCCAUUGCUGUAUGCCCUGUUUCUCCCCAGUCUGCAAAGGUGGACUGCACUUGAGGCUGAGGCUCUGUUGAUAAUUGCCCUCAAGUUGUGGAAUCUUCCCCUUCCCUACCACUCUCUGGAAGCCUGCGGAUGGAGGGGAGGCCGCUCAGGGUAGAAGUAGGCAGAGUCUACCUACCCCCUCCCACAUCCCCACAAGCUGUUCACCAUGCCCAGGGAGCCCCAGACACACUGCUGGACCAUGCAGAGCUCAUGGCCCAGAGAACAGGGGUUAUGCAGAAUGGAAACUCUAGAAUGCUGCUUUGAGAAUAAAAUUUCAGGCUGGGAAGAUGUCUUGGUGGUUAAAGGUACUUGUGUGUAGCCUGUCAGCCU